AUGCAUUUGUUUGGACAAGUGCCUGUUGGUCUACAGGCAGAAAAGAAGGCCACUUCGGAUCGCUUGGAAUCUAUUGAGAAAGAUCGAAAACAAGCAGAUCAACAAGUUGAGGCUCUCACGAAGCGGAGAGAACGUCUUAAGAAUGUGAAGAAGGAGUCGGAACAGGAAGUGAAAGAUGUGAUCAAUGGCGAGGUCGAUGACAGAGAAAAUGUUCCACUCUGGCAGCGGAUUAUCGCUGAAAAUAAGCGGAAAUCUCCAAUUAAAGCACGAGUAGUGACUAAAAGGCCAGCACAUGAGGUGUGUUUCUAUGAGCCGUGCAAUGCACCUGGCAUGGCUGAUCUGCUAAGGAGGCAAAAGGCUUUUGAGCCGAAGCUAAGGCAGACGAUCAUUUUCCGACAGCGAGUGAAACUUGAGUGUUAUCGAUAUAACGAUGAGACUUACAAUUCAUGCAUGAGGGACUACCUACGAAAGUUGGAGCGGUGGGAAAACAGCCCCAAGAAAGUUGCUCGAGAUUUGAAAAAUCGAGAAAUAUUCGAGAGGGCGUUUCCUGAAAUGAAGAGAUCUCGUGAAGAAAAAGAACGCUCCUGCCGGACCGACCGAAUUAGCCUACGAGGUCAAGACACUGUGGAUGAACAACCAGCACCAAGUGAAAAGGGCCAGGUCGAUGAGGAGUAUAAAAUGAGAAACGCGGCGGCUAUUCCACCUCUGAUUGUGCACGAAUCCGCGAUUAGACCAAGAUUUUUUGACAACAAGCAUGCGGUCAUCAAGAAUGCAGCCGAGGAAAAUAAAAAUUGGAUUGAAACAUUUCUGUCUUCGUGGUCAGACGAUGAGAAGAAACUGUUCCGGGAGAGGUUGUCUGCUGUGGGUAAGAACUACGCCAACAUCGCCAUGUUUCUGGAGAACAAAACUGUAAAAGAUUGUGUGUUGUACUACUACUUGUGCAAGAAGAGGGAAAACUUCAAAGCUGUCAUCCCAAAACGAAAAAGAAAGCUUGCGAAAACGUACAAGACUGUAAAAGAUUGUGUGUUGUACUACUACUUGUGCAAGAAGAGGGAAAACUUCAAAGCUGUCAUCCCAAAACGAAAAAGAAAGCUUGCGAAAACGUACAAGCCGCCAACAAUGCCAUCUGCGGAAGAGUUGGCGAUGUACCAACUAGUGCCACAAGACGCCCUCACUGAAGCUCAAUCGAGUGCUUCUCAAGACAGCAGGUGUGUCAUGUGUCAUAUGCGGAUAGAUCCUAAUACGAAUCCAGGACGGGUAUUGACAAGGUCAAACUACGAGAUGUACGAUAUUGAUAGGAUUCGCUCCAAGAAACAGUGUCCAAGAAGUUGCAAAAGAGCAAGGCGUAGGCGGCGAAAGAAUUCAGCAGGCUGA